UCUGAUGGAAAAGUGCCUCAGUAAAAUCAGUACAGAUUUUAUAUGACGUGUCAGUUGGUAGAUCUACAAUAUUCAACCCUCUGCCUCUCUGAAGAUUCCACUAAUUUUGCUGAAUUCUAAACUAAAAUGAAGUAUCUAGUCACAGAAUUUCUGUUCAUUUUGAGCUGGAGUCUCACCUCUUCUCUCUAUUUUCAUCAGGGGGAGAAAGAAGAAAAGUGUAUCAUAGAGGACAUUCCAGGUGAUACCCUCGUUACAGGACAUUACAAAAUCCAAUCGUUGGAUUUGGCCACACAAAAUUUUCUUCCUUCUGCUCCAGGUUUGGGGAUGUUUGUGAAUGUCAAAGGUCCAGAUGGGCAGGUUUUGUUGCAUAAAUUGUACGGGUCGGAGAGUCGUUUUACAUUUCAGUCACACUCUCAAGGGGAGCACCAUAUCUGCCUCAUGUCCAACUCCACCAAAAUAGCUGUGUUUGCUGGGAACAAACUGCGCAUAAAUCUGGAUGUUCAAGUUGGUGAACAGGCCAUUGACGAGUCUCUUGAAGAAACUAAAGACACGAUGAAUGAAGUGAAGGAAAGAAUGCUGCAUUUGCUAAACCAGAUGCAAUAUAUCAGCAGACAGCAGGAUUACCAGAGGUCACGUGAAGAAGAAUUUCGUCAAAUAAAUGAAGAAACUAACAGCAGCGUCUUAUGGUGGGCCAUUUUUCAAACCGUUAUCCUCCUCUCAAUGGGAGCUUGGCAAAUGAGGCAGAUGAAAAAUUUCUUGAUAGCCAAGAAACUAGUAUGAAUUUAUGGCCAAUGUUUAUAUCACAAUUGAUACUUUAUCUGGAUAUUAUUGAAUAGUUGGUAGUGGACUUUGCCAAACAGCAAUUGAUUGCUGUCUUUCCUACUUUACAACAGUGAAUAAAAUUCAGAAGCACUUAAUGCAUUUUAAAGCAUGUUGGAAUGCCAUGGACUUGUGAAUGACAUUAUACAAAUGUAAGUCUUUAUCUUUCAUUACCAGAUCUAGUAGUCACUGCUGAGACCUUGUUGUAGGAUGAUCAAAGUUAUCAAUAAGUAUGUGAUUUUAGAAAAGACAAGCUGGACUAACCGUUCUACAUUCAGAAAAUAAAGGCAUGAAAAUAGAAAAAAAAAUUUAUAAAGAAGUAAAGAAAAUGUUUUUAAUGAAAUAAUCAAGCAGAAAUAUUUGCUUGUGAACGUAUAGAUUAAAUAAGAUUGGUAUUAAAGCUGAAAAAUCAGACCAAUUAUGUGAACCACCCUCAUCUUUUAAACGUUAGGAUGAUAAAAUUAAAGCAAAGCAUAAAGUGUUUGCAAAGAACUGAAGAUUUUUAAUCAACAGGUUGUUUUAAAAUGGGUGUAAAGUUUGGUGUCACUUCAGCGAAGUUGGAAAUUAGCAAUCUGUAGCCACAAUAUUCUCUAACAUGGGAUAGACAGCAGAGUGCAGCUGCUUGGUUUUUGUGCUAAUUGGCCUUCAACACCUGUUCCAGUCAAGAAAUUUAACACAAAGAUUAAAUUCCUUGCGAGCUCUGGAUUUUAUCCCAGAUUGCCAGGUGGUGGUUGGAAUCUGAAUGCAAAUUAAAUAUUUUCAAUAAAACAAUCCUUUAGCUGAA